GGAACAAUGUCUGCCAUUGAGUGGGCUGUUAUGCUUGCUGGUGUCCUGUUCUACCAAUUCCAUGACAAGUUCUUGGACAUCUGUGAGAAGUUUGGACCAUACAAAGGAAUGCAGGAGCCGCCAAGCGGAGUCGGACAAGAUGAUCAUGAAAUGGCAUUUCUGCAGACUGUGGGCCGUGUUCCAGAUGUCGAGAGCUCGGUGCAGCAUCCUGUGGGCCGUGUUCCGGAUGUCGAGGGCCACGCUCCAGAUGUCGAGCGCUCUUCGCACCAUCCUGUGGCUGAGUCGACGAACGCGAAUGGCUCAAACACAGCUAGAUAGUGCGAUGGCGACAUCAGCCCCCCGAUAGAGGGUUUGCCUCUCUUGCACGAAAGCAUGCUUUGACACGGGUCAGCAUUGCCAUGAAGAACAUCGG